AUGGGUUUAACCAGAAAUAGGCCGGUGUCUACCACAGUCAUGGUUGUGGGGACCGUUGAUACAUUGUUGGAUAGUGUGAAAUGGGAUGACAAAGGCUUGGCGGUGGCAAUUGCUCAAAAUGUUGACACAGGAGCUAUCCUAAUGCAAGGCUUUGUUAACAGGGAUGCACUUGCGACCACCAUUUCCUCCCGGAAGGCAACUUUCUAUAGCAGGUCAAGGUCAAUGUUAUGGACAAAGGGGGAAACCUCUAGGAAUUUCAUCAAUGUUCAUGACAUCUUUCUCGAUUGUGAUCGCGAUUCUGUAAUAUACCUUGGUAAUCCUGAUGGUCCCACUUGUCACACUGGAUCUGAGACUUGCUAUUACACAUCAGUCUUUGAUACCUUGAAUUCUUCACAGGUUGAAGAAAAUAAGCUUGCACUGACAACUUUGUAUUCAUUAGAAUCCACAAUUUCGCUACGUAAAGCUGAAAUAUCAGGAUCCCAAAAUUUGAAAUCCUCAUGGACAAAACGGUUAUUGCAGGAUCAAAAGUUGCUGUGCUCAAAAAUCCGGGAGGAGGCUGAUGAGUUAUGCCGAACACUGGAGGAGAAUGAGGAGAAAUCACGGACUGCCUCGGAGAUGGGAGAUGUGCUCUACCAUGCCAUGGUUUUGUUAGCUCUAAGAAGCGUAAGAGUAGAAGAGGUUCUACAAGUCCUUAGACAGAGAUUUACUCAAUCAGGCAUUGCUGAAAAGAAAAGCCGCAAAUUACAAGGCUAA